ACACUACCCACAAUCCACCGCGCUCUGAUAAACUUCUGUUGAUAUGCCGACUGGGAGCUGCAUGCGCCUGUCAGUGCACUGUACGCAGCGUUUUGACAGUGUGGUGUAGUGCCGGUCCUCCUUGUGUGAGCAGUUGAGUGGGAGAAGGAUGGUUCCUCCUCCUCGUCUCACUGGAGCCCUCAGGUCCUUCUCUGGACUCUGUAAAAAGGAGGAUCCCUCAGAAAAGCCUGUCGACCUCAAGGCGAAGCGUCUGAAACGACAGGAGCUGUUUGCCAAAGAGGGCCUGACGUGGCAGAAAAUCAUCAACUUCUGCAGUGAACAUCAGGAGCAGAACCUGAACCAGGAGCUCAGGACGAUCCUCCAGGCCGCCAAGCAGAUCGUGGGUUCCGAACAUGGACAAGAGGCCAUCGAAAGCGCCGGGGUCUUUCUGUUCGAGACCUUCCACAACAAAGACCACGUGGGCACGGAGGAGACCCGUUCUAUCAAGCAGAUGUUCGGACCCUUCCCCUCCUCCGCCGCCGAAACCGCCUGCUCGUCCAUCACCAGGAUCGUCGCGAAAGUCGGCGAUUCUCGAGUUGAAGAAUUCGUCCAGAACCAGAGCUCACGCCACGACCCCAAAAAGGGCUUCUGCUUCGGGCGCAAUAUCCAGUUUUCACACGAGAAAUUCCCGCUGGAGCCUUUGCAGGACUUCCCAGAGAACGGUUUCGAAGAAGACGACAUAACGUUUGAUUUUAAGAACUAUUUUGCCUAUCAAGAAGGCGCGAAAAAGACGCCGAGCGAGAACGGGGCUUCGAGUUCGGGGCAAAGAGAACGCAGUGCGGAGGAUGAGAGCGUUUUGAGGACGGAGGUGGCGAAGUAUCUGAGCGGAGGGAACAUGAUUUCGUCCAGCGCGGAGGAGCUGUGCACGUCUCUGUUCGAAAUGCUGUCAUCGCCGCGGAGCAACGACGAACUGCAAAAUGAGCUGUUUGAGCUGCUGGGCCCAGAGGGACUGGAGAUGAUCUCUGUGCUGCUGCAGAAGAGGACCUCCAUUGUGGACUCGCUGCUGAACGCUCCCCCUGACAGAGCCCCGCACGCAGGAGAUUUCAGUCGCAUGGUGGGCCCUGAGGUGUCCAAGCCGGCGUACGGGUGCCAGGUGACCAUCCUCUCGGAGCAGGAGAAACAGAUGCUGAAGAUGUACCGCAGGGAGGAGAAGAGAGAGAGGAAACGCGCCAAAGCCACGGACGACACCGACGGCUACGAUGCUUCCCUGAACUUUGACCCCCGAGAGAUGAGAGUGCAGCGUGAACAAGCUCUCCUGAAUGCUCGCCGUGAGCCGGUGCUGCUGAGAGAGAGAGUCUACGAACGAGUCCGAUAUCCAAACGUCUACGACAGCUACGCCGAGGCCACCAAGGCGCCGGCGUUUGUGGGAGGAGCCAGGAUGCUGCUGCCCGAGGGAAUACGGCGAGAAAACACAAAGAUGUACGAGGAGGUGGAGAUCCCGCCCAGUGACCCAAUGCCUAUCGGCUUUGAAGAGAAACCUGUCUACAUCUCGGAGCUGGACGAGAUUGGUCAGCUGGUGUUCAAAGGGAUGAAGCGCUUGAACAGAAUCCAGUCUUUGGUUUUUGAGACGGCUUACAACACCAACGAGAACCUGCUCAUCUGUGCUCCCACGGGUGCUGGCAAAACCAACAUCGCUAUGCUCACUGUGCUCCAUGAGAUCCGCCAACACCUGCAGCCCGGCGGGGUCAUCAAGAAGGACGAGUUUAAGAUCGUGUACGUCGCUCCGAUGAAGGCCCUGGCCGCCGAGAUGACCAACUACUUCAGUAAACGCCUGGAGCCUCUGGGCAUCGCUGUGAAGGAGCUGACCGGAGACAUGCAGCUCAGCAAAGGGGAGAUCCUACGAACUCAGAUGCUGGUGACGACUCCUGAGAAGUGGGACGUAGUGACGAGGAAGAGCGUUGGUGACGUGGCUCUGUCUCAGAUCGUGCGUUUGUUGAUUUUAGACGAGGUUCAUCUGCUUCAUGAAGACAGAGGCCCGGUGCUGGAGAGUCUGGUGGCCCGGACCAUCCGACAGGUGGAGUCGACUCAGAGUAUGAUCCGUAUCCUGGGCCUUUCUGCCACUCUGCCUAAUUACCUGGACGUCGCCACCUUCCUCCACGUGAACCCUUACAUCGGACUGUUCUUCUUCGAUGGACGCUUCAGACCCGUGCCUCUCGGACAGACUUUUGUGGGGAUCAAAAGCACCAACAAGGUGCAGCAGCUUCAUGACAUGGAGGAGGUGUGUUACAACAAAGUUUUGGACCAAGUCAGAGCAGGACAUCAGGUGAUGGUGUUUGUCCACGCUCGUAACGCCACCGUGAGGACGGCCAUGGCGCUCAUUGAAAUGGCCAAGAAUAAUGGAGAUAUCUGCGUUUUCCAGCCAGACCAGGGCCCGGACUACGGCCAGUGUGAAAAACAGGUCCAGCGCUCCAGGAACAAGCAGAUGAAGGAGAUGUUUCCAGAGGGUUUCGGGAUCCACCACGCGGGAAUGCUGCGCUCCGACCGCAGUCUGAUGGAGAGCAUGUUCUCCAAAGGGUACCUCAAAGUCCUGGUCUGCACCGCCACACUGGCCUGGGGCGUCAACCUGCCCGCGCACGCCGUUAUCAUCAAGGGCACUCAGAUCUACGAUGCCAAGCGCGGCUCUCUGGUGGACCUGGGCAUUCUGGAUGUGAUGCAGAUUUUCGGUCGCGCCGGCAGACCUCAGUUUGACAAAUUUGGAGAAGGAACCAUCAUCACCUCGCAUGAGAAACUGAGCCACUACCUGACGCUCCUCACGCAGCAGAACCCCAUCGAGAGCCAGUUUCUCGACAGCCUGGCCGACAAUCUCAACGCCGAGAUUGCAUUGGGGACAGUGACGAACGUGGAGGAGGCGGUGAAGUGGCUCAGUUACACGUAUCUGUACGUCCGAAUGAGAGCCAACCCUCUGGCCUACGGCAUCAACCACAAGGCCUACCAGAUGGACCCUUCGUUGGAGCUGUACAGGAAGGAGCUGGUGAUCGAGUGCGGGAGGAAACUGGACAAAGCCAGAAUGAUUCGGUUUGAGGAGAGGACCGGGUACUUCGCCUCCACAGACCUGGGCAGGACCGCCAGCCACUUCUACAUCAAAUACAACACCAUCGAGACCUUCAAUGAACUGUUCAACUCCCAGCGCACGGAGGCCGACAUCCUCAGCAUCGUGUCCAAAGCGGAAGAGUUCGAUCAGCUCAAGGUGCGUGACGAGGAGAUGGAGGAGCUGGAGCAGAUGUUGUCGUCGUUCUGCGAGCUGCCGGCCGCCGGGGGAGCGGAGAACGGUUACGGCAAAGUGAACAUCCUGCUGCAGACGUACAUCAGCAGAGGAGAGGUGGACAGCUUCUCCCUCAUCUCGGACCUGUCCUACGUCGCUCAGAAUGCGGCUCGUAUCGUGCGUGCCCUGUUCGAGAUCGCCCUGAGGAAGCGCUGGCCCACCAUGACCUACAGACUGCUGACUCUGUGUAAAGUGAUCGACAAGCGUCUGUGGGGUUUCUGUCACCCGCUCAGACAGUUCCCCAACCUGAGCCCCGUCGUCCUCAACAAACUGGAGGAGAAGAAACUCACCGUGGACAAACUCAAGGAGAUGAGGAAGGACGAGAUCGGCCACAUGCUGCACCACGUGAACAUCGGUCUGACGGUGAAGCAGUGCGUUCACCAGAUCCCCUCGGUGACCAUGGAGGCGAGUAUCCAGCCGAUCACACGCACCGUCCUGCGCGUUCGCCUCGUCAUCACGCCGGACUUCAGGUGGAACGACCAGGUGCACGGGUCGGUGGGUGAGCCCUGGUGGCUGUGGGUGGAAGAUCCAAUCAACGACCACAUUUACCAUUCAGAGUACAUCCUCCUGCAGAAGAAACAGGUGGUGACAGGCGAGCCUCAGCACAUUGUCUUCACCAUCCCGAUCUUUGAGCCUCUGCCGUCUCAGUACUACAUCAGGGUGGUGUCUGACCGCUGGCUCGGAGCUGAGGCCAUCUGCGUCAUCAACUUUCAGAACCUCAUCCUCCCCGAAAGGCAUCCUCCACACACCGAGCUGUUGGAUCUGCAGCCGUUGCCCAUCACCGCUUUGGGAAACAGAGCCUUCGAGAGUCUGUACAAAUUCACUCAUUACAACCCGAUCCAGACGCAGAUAUUCCACACGCUGUACCACACCGACACCAACGUCCUGCUGGGGGCGCCAACGGGCUCCGGGAAAACCAUUGCUGCAGAGAUGGCCAUGUUCAGGGUCUUCAACCAGUAUCCAGGGUCCAAGGUGGUGUAUAUUGCCCCUCUGAAGGCCCUGGUCCGAGAGAGGAUAGAGGACUGGAAAGUUCGCAUUGAGGAGAAACUUGGAAAAAAAGUGGUGGAGCUGACGGGCGACGUGACCCCGGACAUGAGGGCCAUCGCUCAGGCCGAGCUCAUCGUCACCACCCCGGAGAAGUGGGACGGGGUGAGCCGCAGCUGGCAGAACCGCAGCUACGUCCAGAAAGUGGCUAUUCUCAUCAUCGACGAGAUCCAUCUGCUGGGUGAAGACAGAGGGCCUGUCCUGGAGGUGAUCGUGUCCAGGACGAACUUCAUCUCGUCGCACACGUCCAAAAGUGUCCGGGUCGUGGGUCUGUCCACGGCUUUGGCCAACGCUCGAGACCUGGCAGACUGGCUCGGGAUCGGACAGGUGGGAUUGUUUAACUUCCGGCCGUCUGUGCGCCCCGUCCCGCUCGAGGUGCACAUCCACGGGUUUCCGGGGCAACACUACUGCCCCCGCAUGGCCACAAUGAACAAACCCACUUUUCAAGCCAUCCGGAGCCACUCUCCUGCCAAGCCCGUGCUCAUCUUCGUCUCAUCUCGUCGUCAGACUCGUCUCACGGCUCUGGACCUGAUCGCUUACCUGGCCACGGAGGACAACCCCAAACAGUGGCUGCACCAGGACGAGAGGGAGAUUGAGGCCAUCAUCGCCACGGUGCGAGACUCAAACCUGAAGUUGACUCUGGCAUUUGGGAUCGGGAUGCACCACGCCGGACUUCACGAGAGAGACCGGAAAACCGUGGAGGAGCUGUUCGUCAACUGCAAAAUACAGGUUCUAAUUGCCACCAGCACUUUGGCCUGGGGCGUCAACUUCCCCGCUCACCUCGUGGUCGUAAAGGGAACUGAAUAUUACGACGGAAAAUCCAGGCGCUACGUUGACUACCCCAUUACAGAUGUUUUGCAGAUGAUGGGGCGUGCCGGUCGACCUCAGUUCGACGAUCAGGGCAAAGCCGUGAUCCUCGUUCACGACAUUAAGAAAGACUUCUAUAAGAAAUUCCUCUAUGAACCAUUCCCCGUUGAAUCCAGCCUCCUCAGCGUGCUCUCAGACCAUCUAAACGCCGAAAUCGCUGCAGGGACCAUCUCCUCCAAGCAGGACGCCAUGGACUACAUCACCUGGACGUACUUCUUCAGGCGGCUGGUCAUGAACCCCAGUUACUACAACCUGGAGGACAUCAGCCACGAGUCCAUCAACAAAUAUCUGUCCACUUUGGUCGAGAAAAGCCUUCGAGAUCUGGAGUGCUCCUACUGCAUCGAGAUACAGGAGGAUGAUCGCACAAUUGAGCCCAUGACGUACGGGCGAAUCUCCUCUUAUUAUUACCUCAAACAUCAGACCAUCCGCAUGUUCAAGGAGCGACUGAGAGCAGAGCUGCCCAUCGAGGAGCUGCUGUCCAUCCUCACGGACGCGGAGGAGUACGCGGAGCUGCCCGUGCGACACAACGAGGACCAGCUGAACAGCGUGUUGGCUCAGCAGCUCCCCCUGCAGGUGAACCCGCACUCGUUCGACAGCGCUCACACCAAGACCCACCUCCAGGCCCACUUCAGCCACGCUCCGCUCCCCUGCAGCGACUACGGCACCGACACCAAGACCGUGCUGGACAACGCCAUUCGCGUCUGUCAGGCCAUGUUGGACGUGUGUGCUCACGAGGGCUGGCUCGUGGCCUCUCUGUGCGUCUGUCAGCUGGUGCAGAUGCUGGUCCAGGGCAGGUGGCUCCACGACUCGUCCUUGACCACACUGCCCCACGUGGAGACGCAACACCUUUAUCUGUUCAGGAAAUGGUCGAAUAAGAAGAGCCCCUCUGAUAAAGGCGCGUACACUGGACCAAUAGAAGGACUUCCAGAGCUGAUGGCCGUUUGUGCAGGAAGAGAAAGUGUUUUUGCAUCAAUCCUCGAGCAGGAGUUUAAUCGCAGCCAAAUCAACCAGGCCUGGUCGUUCCUGAGCCACCUCCCCGUGCUGGACGUGAGCCUGAGCGUGAAGGGCUGGUGGGAGGGGGACCGGGAGCGGACAGAGCGCCCCCUGGCUGCGGUCGGGGUGAACCUCCGCGAGGACAGCAGCUGGUGUGAGGUGCACGCUGAUCAGGAGUAUGUUCUACAGGUGUCUCUGAGGAGGGUCAACGCAGGGCAGCAGAGGAGGAAGCAGGACAGUAAGGCCCAGGCCCCGCGGUUCCCCAAAGUGAAGGACGAGGGCUGGUUCCUGGUUCUGGGGGAGGUGGAUCGACGGGAGCUUUUGGCCGUGAAGAGAGUGGGAUAUGUCAGGAACCACACCGUCGCAUCUGUGGCCUUUUACACUCCAGAGACCACAGGGAAAUACAUCUACACCGUGUACGUGAUGAGCGACAGUUACCUGGGCCUGGACCAACAGUACGACCUCCACUUGAACGUGAUUCCCCCCAGCAUCUCCGCACAGGUCAAUACCGAAGUGUCCGACUCCGUCAGCGACCUGUCCGUGAGCUGACCCCGCGACGACUGCGCCAAAACCUGCACCAAAACUGCACCAGAGCACUCACCAAACACCUCAUUCUGACAUUCGAGCUGUGAGGAUUUCUUGUUUACAUUGAACCCGCGCUUAUAAUCUAUGUUGGAUUAUACAUAGAGUGGAACUAUGCAAUCGUAUUUGCCUUUUCGCUAUCAAACGUCAUUCCAGAGUUUUGCAAUUCAAACAGAAAAGCACUGCCCGAUUAUUUUUCGCCAUAUCUGAGCAACUGUGGGCUAUUGUAGCUUUUGUAAUGUGCCAAAAAUAUUAAAACGUCACAGAAUACCGAUAAGAGUGAAGCAAACUUUCACAUUUUGACUACCUUACCUUACAACGAGCACAAAAGUUUAGUCCUCCAGCCAAGGUAAUCCUGACCAAAACUAACUAGAAAUGGGUCUUUGCUCCAGACAAAUGAAGGAUGGUUGGAGAAAUUUCCAAUACUGUGUCCUUAAACCUCAAUACCGUAUUUUCCGCACUAUAGGGCGCACUGCGUCAUUGAAUGGUCUAUUUUCACACUUUUUUCACAUAUAAACCGCACCGGACUAUAAGGCGCAUUAAACGAAACACAACAGUUAGAUAAGUCAGUCAAAUUUAUUUAACGCGUUCACAAUAACUCUCAACUUUGUUCAAUUGUAACGCGUAAAAAAAAAUACUAUCUGAGAGCGACAAAUUGUUAGAAUAUUCACAAUAACUCAUAAUUGUUCAAACAGUUGGGCGAUCAUCACUGAACUGCCAGGGAACAGUAACCACACUGACUCGUCAUUAUCCGUGUCAGUGUGGUUACUGUUCCUUGGCAGUUCAGUGAUGAUUCGGGUCUUGGUGAAAGCUCGGACCACAGUUACACAGAUACUGAUCCUUAGCCGGGGCGUCCACGAUCUGUUGUCAGAUCGUGGCGUAAGUCGCUCGGCGCAGUCUCCCUGUCUCGGUGAAUGUGUGUUCUCCUUCUCUCAUCCACUGCUCCCAUGCAGCUCGCACUUUCACUUUAUAACAGUCUUGAGUUUAAAGUGGGCGUUGUGAGCGUGUCUCUUGACAGGUGCAUUUUGAUUUUAAAAGGAAUCACAGUAUGUUUUACUCCUGAUGCUCCUGACUACAGAGCCGUAAUGCUGCAAGUGGUGUGGCUUUGUAGUUUACUAAAGUCGUACUAAAACACAACAAUAAAUUCACAUAUAAGAUGCUCUGGAUUAUAAGGCGCGCAGUCGUUCUUUGAUGACAUUAAAGGCUUUUAAGUGCGCCCUAUAGUGUGGAAAAUACGGUAAUAUAACAUAUUUUACAUCUAUAGACAAUAUAAUUUAUGGACUGUACAUUGACUGGAGGCAUCUUAGCAUUUCAAUAAAGCAAAGUGGCAGUAUUUGUCCGUGCCAAUGUUGCUCAUCAGUAGGAAAACGUGAAAAACCGACCGGCUUAUCACACUUUAAACUUAAUGUAAUGAGCUGAAUGUUGCAUUAUUAAACAUUGUGUCUGGUUUGGGUGAAGGAUUGUGAUGUCUACUGCCGCUUUGGCUCUUAGACGAGAUCAGUAUUUUGUAAAAAGGGGUCUAAAAAUACACUUGAUAAAUAAAUAAAUAAAUGUUGGAUUUUAAAGGUGAGCUGUGUAACGUUUCUGUUGGGAGUCAUGCCGUUAAACUCUCAUAACAUCUUUUUCUCUGACGGCAUUCCCUGCUUGUCUGUAUGGAGAUAAAUUGAAUGCCAUAGUGUGGAACAUCCCAGGAAAAGCAUUAACGUCUCCAUGGAAACAAGAAAGUGGUGGAUCCAGUAACGUUACAUAGUUCACCUUAAGUUGCUUUAAGUUGAAAAUUAGGGACGGUAAAAGUGAAAAAAUGCAUUGCACACAAAGUGUGAUGCCGGACUUUUGCAUCGCGUGCGGACUGAACCAGGACUGAUCCACGUCCGAGACCAGACCGGGACCAGAGCGGGACUGAGACCGGGUGCGGUGCAAAAGUCCGGCAUCGCAGUCACGGAAGUCACGUAAACGGGAAACGGCCAUUAUCCGUUUUUUCCAUUCUUCAUUUAAACAUAAAAUCGAAAACUGAAAAAACGAAUCGUUAUCCGUUUUUUCAUUUUGGUUUUGGAGACAAAUAGUGAAGAAAACUGCUGUUUUUUAGUUUUCUUAUUUUUGGUUUUAUAUUGAAAAACGAAUGAAUGAAUGAUACACGGAUUCUUUUCCGUUGUUUUAUAGCAGCAUCAGCUUAUAAACAUCGGGAACUACAUAUCCCAUGAUUAAUUUCAGCGCAGACGACUUAAAGAAAUAUGUUUUUACUUGAAUUUGACAAUAAUAAUUCACUCCAGAUUCUUGUCAGGGUGUUUAAAAGCAAAAAAGUGUCCUAUCUACAAUUGUAUCAGCAUAUCGUGAUAAUAUACCGAGAGAUUAGGAUAUCGUUACGUCCCUAUCUAAAAUAUUUUAACGAAAAGGAUAUUUUGAUCCCUUUUUACAAACACAAACUUGUUUUGUCAAAGAGCCAAACUCAGAGCAGUGCUGAUACUUUCUGCAUAUGUCAUACUGGCAUGUCUGGACUUUAGAUACUUGUGAUACAAGUAAGUAUGUGAUGGAAUACGUUUAUUUAGUUAAACAGUGAUUGAAAAAUGGACCGUACCUUUUGACGUGAUAAAUCCAGAGGCGUUUAAAACCUCUGUAAGUGAAACAUAAGCAGAAAACCACAUCUGCUGAAGUAUGGGGUUUAAAAGAGGCAUUGGAAUCUUUUAGUUUGAGAAAAGUAAUGUUAGGUCUUUGAGAAGAAUUUGUGGAUAAAACAGAUUGUUCAAAGUUGAAAUAAAUGCAUUACUUCAACCUAA